UUCAGUUCUCAUUACCACUCUGCAUUCUCGACUUUAAACAACUCCAUAUUUUUAGCAUCUCGCUACGUUACACGCAAACUUGUAUAAUCCAACAUUUACUAAAAACAAUACUAAAUCAAACUUAAAUAUUUACAACCUAAAUAAAAUAGCACAUUUUAUCUAAUUUGUGGAAUUAUCUGUAAAAGUACGUGAAUAAGUUAUCUUGUGAAAUGGAAUCAAUUUUCACCUUUAACCAAGCAAAUUAUGUUGGACGUCUAGAGUCCAGCUUCCUUGCUGAAGUUUGUUGCAUGGAGGAGGGAGUUUUGCAAUCUGAUCGCCACACGCCAUACCUUCGCGUCAUGCUGACGCAGGAUGACGGGGCGACAAUUAUGGUGGCAAUAGCUAUCGGGAAUUUUUACUACGUGGCAAAAAUCCUAUAUCAGGUCGGGAAUGUUUACUGCUUUCCAAGAGGAAUGUUUGAGAUCCGUCGCCGUAAUCUACAGUUCCGGUCUUGGUCAAGUUAUCCAUACGACUUGUGGUUUAUGUACGAUUCUGCCACAUCUGAUGAAUCGAGUCCCAGAUCCUGUCGGACUUCAGACUUGGAAGAGUCGAUGCAAAACAUGAGCAUUUAAAUUUGUAUAUUUAAUUUAAUUUUGUGAUGUAGAUACAUAUUUAUAAUAUCUAUUUAUCUACGCAAAUAUCAUAUUUUACAUACAUAUAUUGUUUUAUGUUAUGCACUGAUUAGUAAUGAUUGUAAUAUUUAAAUAUGUUUACUUGUAAUUAAAUACUUGCGUUAUGUAAUUGUUGGUACGUCUUCAACCUUCGUAAUAAAACGCGUUAUGUACAUA